ACCCACCACUCCCGCGUGGGCUCUCCGCCCCUGCUCCGCCCAAGACCCCGUGGAAAUCAAAUAGGCAUGAAGGGAUGCACACAGGGUCACAGGCAGCAUGCUCACCUGUGUCACAGCACUGCUGCUCCUGGCGCUGGUGCUGGCGCUGGCAUGGUGGGGCUGCGGUACGCGCCGCGCUCGGACGCCGGGGCCCCUACCUCCGGGGCCCACACCUCUCCCACUGCUGGGAAACUUGCUGCAGCUGGAGUCUGGGCGCCUGGACCGUGCACUCAUGGAGCUCUCCGGCCGCUGGGGCCCGGUGUUCACAGUGUGGCUGGGCCCGCGCCCUGCAGUAGUGCUGUGCAGCUACGCGGCACUGCGGGACGCGCUGGUGCUGCAGGCGGACACCUUCUCCGGCCGCGGGGCCAUGGCCGUCUUUGAACGCUUCACUCGCAGAAACGGUAUCCUGUUCUCCAAUGGGCAGCGCUGGCGGACCCUGCGCAAUUUUACCCUCGGGGCCCUGAAGGAGUUCGGGGUGGGGACGCGGACCAUCGAGGAGCGCGUCCUGGAGGAAGCAGUUUGUCUGCUUGAUGAAUUUCAAGCCACCGCAGGGGCCCCGCUCAACCCCCGGCAGCUACUGGACAACGCUGUAGCCAACGUUAUCUGUUCCGUGGUCUUCGGGCACCGCUAUGGCUACACGGACCCGGAGUUCCGGCGGCUCCUGGACCUCUUCCAUGACAACUUUCGCAUCAUGAGUUCCCGAUGGGGCGAGGUCAUAUUGGGAUCCGCAUCUGCCCAGAUAUACAAUAUCUUCCCCUCCCUGCUGGACUGGAUCCCAGGCCCGCACCACCGAAUCUUCGGAAACUUCACGGAGCUGCGGGUCUUCAUCUCCGAGCAAAUCCAGCGGCACCGGCAGACGCGGCAGCCCGAAGUCGCCCGCGAUUUUAUCGAUUGCUUUCUCGCCCAGAUGGAUAAGGUUCAGGAACAGCAGGAUCCGGAGAGCCAUUUUCAGAGAGAGACGCUGGUGAUGACGACACAUAACCUUUUCUUCGGCGGCACCGAGACCACCAGCACCACCCUGCGCUAUGGGCUUCUCAUUCUCGUCAAGUAUCCAGAGGUGGCAGCCAAGGUGCAGGCGGAGCUGGACGCCGUGGUAGGUCGGGCGCACGCCCCGCGCCUGGAGGACCGCGCGCGCCUUCCCUACACUAACGCCGUGCUGCACGAGAUCCAGCGCUUCAUCAGCGUGCUCCCGCUGGGGCUGCCUCGCGCCCUCACCCGCGACGCCCACCUGCACGGCCACUUCCUGCCCAAGGGCACGUUCGUGAUUCCUCUGCUUGCGUCAUCGCACAGAGACCCCACCCAAUUCAAGGACCCGGACUGCUUCAACCCCACCAACUUCCUGGAUGACAAGGGAGAGUUCCAAAGCAACGAUGCCUUCAUGCCCUUUGCCCUGGGUAUGCGCCUGGAGGGAGAGGACCGGCCUGGCCUGUCCCAAGUGCAUGGCAGGGAGGAGGGGGAGGGCCUCACUGUGCUCCUGCACCCCCAGGAAAGCGGAUGUGCCUGGGCGCAGGCCUGGCGCGCUCGGAGAUCUUCCUCUUCCUUACCGCCAUCCUGCAAAGGUUCCACCUGCUCCCUGUGGGGAGCCCGGCCAAUAUCGACCUCACCCCGCAGUGCACUGGCCUGGGCAACGUGCCCCCAGUAUUCCAGCUCCGCCUGGUGGCCCGCGGAGGCCUGUCCCCCGCCACACACACUCAAUAAAAGCCCCUAACUGCA